UUAAAGGGACCCUGGUGGCUCUGCCGCAGCCUCUAUCCGGCUGUGAUCUGCACUGGCCGUGGGAGUCACAGGAAGGACUCAGGGGACCCAGGAGUAUAGACAUGGUCUCAGUGGCCAUUGAGGAUGUGUCUGUGACCUUCACCCUGGAGGAGUGGGCUUUAUUGGAUCCUUCACAGAAGAAACUCUACAGAGAUGUGAUGUCGGAAACCUUCAAGAAUCUGGCCUCCAUUGGAAAGAAAUGGAAAGAUCAUGACAUUGAAGAUCAGUACAGAAACCAGGGGAGAAAACAAAGAAGUCAUAUGGUAGAGAGACUCUUUAAAAGUAAAGAGGGUGAUCAAUAUGGAGAAAACUUCAUCCUUGUUCCAAAUCUCAGUCAGAACAAGAAAACUCCUGGAGUGAAACCACGUGAAUGCAGUGCAUGUGGAAAAGUCUUCAUGCAUCAUUCAUCUGUUAAGAGGCACAUGAGAUGUCACACUGAACACAAACCAUCUGAGUAUCAAAAGUAUGGAGAGAAGCCAUAUAAAUAUUUUAUCUGCGUAAGGUCUCAUGUGUAUAGGAAGCACGUUAUGCUGUUAAUACUGCUAGCCAGGAUGUUUCCUGAUUCACCUUGACAUCCACAGUGGUGCAUUCAAAAAGAAGGACCUGGGAGUCUGUUUCUCUGCUGCAUUCUGCAGUGGCUGCCUUGACUUGCUUCUCCCAUGUGAGAAGAAGCACCUUCCUCCACUCAGAAAGACUGUUAAAUGUUACUUAUAGAUGAACGUGAUCAGUAGUUGUUUCAUAGAAAUAGCUUAUCAACUGUCUUCUAAGUCCUCAUAUGCUAACAAAUAUUAUUGUUUUUUAUUUCAUCAGAGGAUAUAUUAAAAUAUUCCAUUAUAAUUAUGGAUUUUCAGAUAAACUUUUCAGUUUUAUUUAAUCAUUUUACAUUAUGAGUCAGUAUUAUCAUGUGCAUACAAGUUCAGGUAUUUUUUCCUCAGGAAAAUUUUAUUUUUUAUUCUUUUACAGUUAUAAUUUUUGUCAUGAAACUAUUCUUAUGCAUUCUCAAUACCAAAAAUUUAAAUCAUGGUUUUCUCAGUGUCCUUUGCUAGUGACCCAGAGGAUCACAUCUGUAAUCAAAGAGAGGGGUGUAAUGAAUUCUAAUAAGAAUGACCACAGACCAUACAGGAUUGUGAGGUGUAACAGUGACAGGGUGCUAAGAAGGACUUCUUAUAGGAUUUUGGCAGGUGUUAGAUGAGUUGAUUGCUAUUCAAGGAAGCAAGACAUUUUUCUGUAUUGAAUGCUGUGAGAAGGUAAACUCUAUUCUAUCCUUGGUAAACAUAAUCAUUGUUUUCUAGAAGACGGUGGCAAUUUAAUGGAGCUAAACUUAAUUUCUAAGACGCUCCAGUCAGUCAUAUUAGUAAGAAGAGGGAAAUAAUGAUCAUUUUUAUGAUUUGGAAUUUUAUAUUUUUCCAUUUUUAGAGAUAGAGUUACAAAGUUCCCUUAUACAUAUCCUGGUCCAUUGUGGUUACCAUUUACCUUUGAUGAAUGAUGUGUGACAUUUUUCUCAUCAACAGGAUGAGACUUGCCCUUGCAGUGACUGCAGGCAGCUCCUGGUGCUCUGGGGCAGAUUUUGGCUUUACUACUUAUUAUCAAAACACUGAUGUAUCUCUUAUGGUGUAUUAGACCCUGUUUACCAUAAAGUACCUCAGUUAAAAUACAUAGAUUCUCUCCUUAAUAUACUACAUAAUAUUAUUAAUAUUUCCUUUGUGACUCAACUGAGGCCUUUGAGUUUAGGUAAAUUGUGAGACAGUACAAACCUAGCAAGGGAGAGAGGGCCACUGUGCCAAUCAAGGCUUUCUUUCUCGGAGACUAUGCUCUUGAUGCUAAUGUUUCAACAUCCCUCACAUGCCAUGCACUAUAGAGUCAGUGUACCCAAUUCAGUAGAAAUAAGGCACAGUAGGAUUUGGAUAUAGUGACAUGAAAUAAAGCAGUUCUUGCAGUCGUGGUGCUUAUAUGUUUCUGGGAAAAGAGAUGGUUAACAAAUGGUAAAACUUUGGUUUGUAAGCUGGAAGUAAGGGCUUUGAAGAAAAGUGAAAAAACAAUAUGAGCUAAUAGGGAGGCUGAGGUGUGUGUAUAUCUUUUCUGCUAGCGUAAGAGUGAGUGAGGAUGUCAUUAUUAUGGUUACCUGGACUUGAGACUUGCUAUUAAUUUAGGCCACAGAUAAUUGUGGUGUCUUUUUGUGUUUAAUAUUAUAGGAGACAAUUUUCAUUUACCUUUAAAUGUUUAAAAUGUUUAGUUUUUUCAUUUUGCUGCUUUACAGACUGAGUGCGCAACAUGUACCACUAAACCAUGGAGUUCCUCCAUUUAGAGAAACAGUUACAAUCACCUGCACUGUUCUAGUGAUGCCGACCCUGAUAUCUGUUCCCCUACGUUAAACCCAGCAUAUAUGGUGUUAAAACCAAAAGCACUCAUCCCCUUUCCCUGCUUCUCUAAGUUACAUUCAUAUGUAAAUAUCAGUUUUUUAA